GGCAAGAGGGUAAAGUUAACCGAUAAAUCAAAACUGUUCCUUUCUCUCAUUCCUCUCUUCCUCUCGUCGUCUUCACGAUUCCACGACGAUUCAUCUCCGACCACCACCGAUUAUCGGUUUCACUUCUGAUCCCACAGAUCCCUUCAAAUUCUCAACUCAUCUCCCCUCUCAAAUUCUCGAUCUUUCCCCCCUCUAAUUCGAAACCCUAAUCUCGCCUACCAAUCGAAGAAACAUCCAAUUCCGCCCAAAGAUCUAGUCUUUACCGAUGGACGCGACUAGGGUUUGCUCGGAGGUUCCCGGAUCUUCGAAAUCGACCUCUCUCACGGAGUCGACAUCUCGCACGGAGACCAUCAACGGCUCACACGAGUUCAAGAUCAGCGGAUACUCUCUCGCCAAAGGGAUGGGGAUAGGCAAGUACGUGGCUUCCGACACGUUCAUGGUCGGUGGGUACUCGUGGGCGGUCUACUUCUACCCGGAUGGGAAGAGUCCCGAGGAUAACUCUGUCUACGUGUCUCUCUUCAUAGCGCUCGCGAGCGAAGGUGCUGAUGUAAGGGCUUUGUUUGAGCUGACACUUGUUGAUCAGAGUGGUAAUGAGAGGCAUAAGGUUCAUAGCCAUUUCGGUAGGACUCUUGAGAGCGGACCUUAUACUCUUAAGUACCGAGGAAGUAUGUGGGGAUACAAGCGGUUUUUCAAGAGGACUCUUCUGGAGUCAUCAGAUUAUCUCAAGGACAAUUGCCUCUUGGUGCGGUGCUGUGUGGGCGUGGUGAAGUCACAAACAGAGGGACCGAGGAGUUACAAUAUCCCUGUGCCGGUUUCUGACUUGGGGCAUCAGUUUGGAAAGCUUUUGGAGAGUGGGAAGGGAGUUGAUGUUACAUUCCGAGUUGAUGGAGAGACGUUUCCUGCUCACACGUUGGUUCUUGCAGCUCGUUCUCCAGUUUUCAGGGCACAGCUUUUUGGCCCGUUGAAAAACCAAAACACCAAAAGCAUAAUCAUAGAAGACAUGGAAGCUCCCAUUUUCAAGAUGUUCCUCCAUUUUAUCUACUGGGACGAGUUGCCUGAUAUGGAAGACAUAAUGGGCACAGACUUGACCCUUGUGGCUCAGCAUCUGCUUGCAGCUGCAGACCGUUAUGCUCUGGAGCGGCUUAGAACCAUCUGCGAGUCAAAACUCUGUGAAGGAAUCAGCAUAAACACAGUAGCGACCACCUUGGCUUUGGCAGAGCAGCAUCAUUGUUUCCAGCUAAAAGCUGCGUGUCUUAAAUUCAUAGCAUUGCCACAAAACCUGAAAGCUGUGAUGGAAACGGAUGGGUUUGAUUAUCUGAAGGAAAGCUGCCCAUGCUUACUAAGUGAGCUGCUGGAGUAUGUGGCUAGGCUGAGUGAGCACUCUUUAACAUCAUCGGGGAAUAGGAAGGAGUUAUAUGCUGAUGGUGGUGACGUGAAUGGGAGACGAGUGAAGCAGCGGUUGCACUAAGUAACUCACUUUCAGGGAGAGAGAGAGAGAGAGACUGAUCACGUUGGAGGAGGCAUCUUUGGGUAAACAGAAUUGUAGAAGAGUCGAGAUUUGUUGUGCAUUUGUCAUUUGUAAAAGGAUUAGUGAUUGUUCCGUGUUGUCUAGCCAAGUAGAGUGACAUGUUUUUUUUUGUAUUUUUGUGCUUUUUUGAUUGUAUUGACUAAAGCCGCUUCUCUCAAGGAAAAGUUUCAUGAAA